CCUCCGGACCCCCCGGCCAGGCUGUCGCCGCCCGCUGGGGCCGCCCAUGUGGCUGUGAGAGGACGGGGGCGGCCGGGCCCCCCCCAGGGCCCCCCCAGGGCCCCCCCAGAGCCAGCCCAGGCGCCAUGACCUGUCCGGCCGCUGAGGGACGCCCGGCGCCCGGGGGCCUCCGAGAGACCAAAGCCCACCCGGGCUCCGCGGCCCACCCGGGCCCCCAGCGCGGCUCCACGGCCCCUCAAAGUUCUGAGGGUCACCAAGAGACCAAAGCCCACCCGGGCUCCGCGGCCACCAGAGGCUCUGUGGCCAGCCAGGACCACCGAGAGACCAAGGCCCACCUGGGCUCCGUCGCCCACCUGGGCUCCCGCGUGGAGAUCGAAGCCCACCUGGGCUUUGUGGCCGACCAAAACUUUGUGGGCAAGCAGGAGCACCCCGAGCCCGGUGCUGGCUCCGUGGCGCUGUUGGACUCCAAGAUCGCCCAAGGCUCUGAGGAGCUCCUGGGGACUCGGGUCAGCCAGGUGCCCGGGACCCGCCUGGCGUCUGUGGCCACCCAGGAGCUCCUGGAGGCGCGUCAGGAAUCGCGGGCCAGCCGAGGUUCUGUGGGCAACCAGGACCUCCCAGAGCCCGACAUCAACAUCCCCUUGGACUCCAAGGUCAACCAGGCCGCCAUGGCUCGCUUGGACCUGAGGGGCCACCAAGACCCCUCCCCGGCCUCCGAGGACCCCCAAGAGCCCAAGGUCACCCAGGGUCCGGUGGCCAACCAAAAGACCAAGGUCAACCAAAGCCCCGCGGCCCCUCUGGAGGCCAAGGUCAAUGAAGACCCCGUGGUGUGUUUAGACUUGAGGGUCCACCGAGCCCCAGCGGCCAGCCGAGCCCCCGAGGACCCCCGAGCCCCCCUGGAGCACCCGGACAGCCAGGCUGGCCAAGCUCUCACAGACUGGAACGUCCACCAAGCCCCCGUGGCCGCGCACAGCCCCGCGGACCCCCAAGAGACCGAGGUCAAGCCCGGCCCUCCGGACCCGAGGGUCCCCCCGGACGCCACGGCCGAGGGACGCUGCCCGGGGACCGAGUGCCACCAACCCCACGUGCCCACCCGGGCCACCCCAGCCCCCCGCCCGUGCGCCCAAAUCCCCUCGGGCGCCCGCCUGGGCCUGGUGCUGCUGACGCUGGGGUCCCUCCUGCUGCCCUGCGCCCGGGGCUCGGCGCUGGAGUUCGGGGGCGCCCCGGGGCAGUGGGCGCGCUACGGGCGGUGGGCGCCGGGCGCGGGGGGCCAGCUCAGCUUCCGCCUCAAGACCAACGUGACGCGGGCGCUGCUGCUCUACCUGGACGACGGCGGCAACUGUGACUUCCUGGAGCUGCUGGUGGCCGAGGGGCGGCUGCGGCUGCGCUUCGCCAUCGCCUGCGCCGAGCCCGCCACUGGAGCCGCCGGCGCCGGUCAGCGACGGCACAUGGCCGUGGCCAGCGACCUGUUCGUCGGGGGCAUCCCGCCCGACGUGCGGCUCUCGGCGCUGACGCUCAGCACCGUCAAGUACGAGCCGCCCUUCCGCGGGUGGGUGGCCGACCUGCGGGUGGGCGACGCGCCGGCCGCGCUGCUGGGCGCCCAGGGGGUCCGGGGUGACGGGGACGAGCGCUGCGCCCACCACCCGCCCUGCGCCCACGGCGGCCGCUGCACCCUGCGCCGUGGGGAGCCCCGCUGCGACUGCGCCGGCACCGGCCACCGCGGGCCCUUCUGCGAGGAAGAUGUCCUCCACAUCCCUAUGUCUCAUGUCAUCAUGUCCUCCAUGUCCCCAUGUCAUUGCCGCGCCGAGUAUGUGGCCACGUUCCGGGGCAGCGAGUUCUUCUGCUACGACGUGUCGCGGUCGCCGGUGCAGAGCAGCGCGGACGAGCUGGCGCUGGCGUUCCGCACGCGGCAGCGCCACGGGCUGCUGCUGCACACCGGCCGCGCCGCCGACUUCCUGAACCUGUCGCUCAAGGCCGGCGCCGUGUGGCUCGUCAUCAACCUGGGCGCCGGCGCCUUCGAGGCGCUGGUGGAGCCCGUCAACGGCAAGUUCCACGACGGCGGCUGGCACCACGUGCGCGUCACGCGCAAUCGCCGCCAGCACGCAGGGAUCGGACACGCUAUGGUAAACAAACUGCAUUACCUGGUGACCAUCUCGGUGGACGGCAUCCUGACCACCACGGGCUACACGCAGGAGGACUUCACCAUGCUGGGCUCCGACGACUUCUUCUACGUGGGGGGGUCCCCCAACACCGCCGACCUGCCGGGGUCCCCCGUCAGCAACAACUUCAUGGGCUGCCUCAAGGACGUGGUUUACAAGAACAACGACUUCAAGCUGGAGCUGUCGCGGCUGGCGCAGGAGGGGGACGCGCGGGUGACGCUGCACGGGGCGCUGCUCUUCCACUGCGACCCCCCCCCGGCGCUGGACCCCGUCACCUUCGCCACCCCCCAGGCUCACCUGGCGCUGCCCACCUGGCGCCCGGCCCGCGCCGGCUCCGUCUCCUUCGACUUCCGCACCACGGAGCCCAACGGGGUCCUGCUCUUCGGGCAGGGACCCCCGCGCAGAGGGUGUGCAGCCCCGCUGUCCCUGAUGCCCCCUCUGGUGAACAGCCGCAGCACGCCCUUCCUGGCCAGCGGCGACCGCGACGUUCUGGACGUGGGGGCCGAGCUGUACCUGGGGGGGCUCCCCGAGGGCCGGCCCGGGCCCCCCGCGCCCCCCGAGCUCUGGGCCGCGGGGCUGCGCCUCGGCUUCGUGGGCUGCGUGCGGGACCUGUUCGUGGACGGGCGGAGCCGCGACGUGCGGGCGCUCCUGGCCCCCGGGGGGGCUCCGGGGGUCGCCCCGCUCUGCGCCAGGGACCCCCCCCGGCUGUGCGCCAGCGCUCCCUGCCGCAACGGGGGGACGUGCCGCGAGGGCUGGAACCGCUUCGUGUGCGACUGCCGCGGCACCGGGUACCUGGGGCCGCGCUGCGAGACAGAGGCGGCGGUACUGAGCUACGACGGCAGCAUGUACCUGAAGGUGCAGGUGCCGGGCGAGCAGACCGAGGCCGAGGACGUGUCCCUGCGCUUCAUGUCCCCCCGAGCCUUCGGCCUCGUCCUGGCCACCACCUCGCGCCACUCGGCCGACACCCUGCGCCUCGAGCUGGACGGGGGGCGCAUGAAGCUCACCCUCAACCUGGGCAAGGGCCCCGAGACGCUGUUCGCGGGGCAGCGGCUGGAUGACAACGAGUGGCACUCGGUGCGGGUGGCCCGGCGCGGGCGCAGCCUCCAGCUCGCCGUCGACAACGUCACCGUCGAAGGCCAGCUGUCGGGCUCGCACACCCGCCUGGAGUUCCACAACAUCGAGACCGGCAUCGUCACCGAGCGCCGCUUCCUGGCCGUGGUCCCCUCCAACUUCCUGGGCCACCUGAGCGGGCUGGUCUUCAACGGGCUGCCCUACCUGGACCUGUGCCGCGACGGCGACAUCAGCUCCUGCGAGCUCAACGCCCGCUUCGGCCGCCGCGCCAUCGUGGCCGACCCGGUGGCCUUCGGGGGCCGCGGCUCCUACGUGGCGCUGGCCACGCUCCAGGCCUUCUCCUCCUUCCACCUCUUCUUCCAGUUCAAGACCACGGCGCCCGACGGCCUCAUCCUCUUCAACGGCGGCAGCGGCUCCGACUUCCUGGUGGUCGAGCUGGUCAAGGGGUACAUCCACUACGUGUUCGACCUGGGCGAGGGCCCCUCGCUCAUGAAGGGCAACUCGGAGCAGCCGCUGCACGACGGGCGCUGGCACGAAGUGGCCGUGGCACGCGAGGGGGGGGCCCUGCACGCGCUGCGCGUGGACGGGAGACCCGUGACCCAGCACGGGCAGGGCGCCCGCGGGCUGCAGCUCAAGGGUGAGCUGUACGUCGGGGGGGUCAGCCCGGGGCUCCUGGGCCGCCUCCCGCGGCUCGUGGCCUCCCGGGGGGGCUUCCGGGGCUGCCUGGCCUCGCUGGACCUGAACGGGCGCCUGCCCGACCUGCUGGGGGACGCCCUGCGACGCGUGGGGGACGUGCGGAGGGGCUGCGACGGCCCCAGCACGACGUGCGCCGAGGACUCGUGUGCCCACGGGGGGGUCUGCCUGCAGCAGUGGGACGGCUUCACCUGCGACUGCAGCAUGACGGCCUUCGGGGGGGCCGGCUGCGCCGAGCCGGGCACCACGUACAUUUUCGGCAAGGGGGGGGCCCUGAUCACCUACACGUGGCCCCCCAAUGACCGGCCCAGCACCCGCGCCGACCGCCUGGCCCUGGGCUUCAGCACCCGGCAGCGCGACGCGGUGCUGCUGCGCGUGGAGAGCGCCGCCGGGCUCGGCGACUUCCUGCAGCUCCACAUUGUGCAGGGGGCUGUGGGGGUCCUGUUCAACGUGGGCACCGAGGACAUCGCGCUGGAGGAGCGGGGGGCGGCCGUCAGCGAUGGGCGCUUCCACGUCGUCCGCUUCACGCGCAGCGGCGGCAACGCCACGCUCCAGGUGGACGGCGGCCCCCUGCACGAGCGCUACCCGCCAGGCAGCGGGGACAGCGAGCGGCUGGCGCUGGCGCGGCAGCGCAUCCCCUUCCGCCUGGGGCGGGUGGUCGAUGAGUGGCUGCUCGACAAAGGCCGGCAGCUGACCAUCUUCAACAGCCAGGCGCGCGUGCGGGUGGGGGGCCGGGACCGCGGCCGCCCCUUCCAGGGGCAGCUCUCGGGGCUCUACUACAACGGGCUGAAGCUGCUGGCGCUGGCGGCCGAGGGACACCCCCGCGUGCGGCUCGAGGGGGACCUGCGGCUCGUGGGGGACCCCCGGCUGAGAGGGGCUCAGGGUGAGGGGCAGAACACGGACGAUCUGCUGGUGGCCUCGGCCGAGUGUCCGAGCGAUGACGAGGACCUGGAGGAGUGUGAGCCGGGCACAGGUGGGUGCUGCUCCGGGGCCCCGGGCACGCGCGUGUGGCACGGCCUCGCACACGCGUGUGGCACGGCCUCGCACACGCGUGUGGCACGGCCGCAGAGCCCGGGGCUCUUCCCCACCCCCCCGGCGGGGGCGAGACCCCCGCGCAGGUGUGGGGGUGUGCACACACACAGGCGUGGGGGGGCGGGGGUGUUGCACACGCGUGUGUUCCCGCCCAUUCCGAGCACACACCUGAGCCCGGGGCCGUGCAAGCCCCGCCCCCAGCCCCUGCUUCCCCUGACGGAUGGACACUCGGACACUUGGACACUCGGACACUCGGACAUUUGGACGGACAGGGAGGACCCCUCGGUGACCCCUGAGCUUUGGGGGGCUCUGGGGGGGUUUGGGGGUCCCCAGACCCGCACUGACCCCCCCCGGUGUCCCCCCCAGAACACGGACGAUCUGCUGGUGGCCUCGGCCGAGUGUCCGAGCGAUGACGAGGACCUGGAGGAGUGUGAGCCGGGCACAGCCGCGCCCGGAGCGGUGGAGGUGGUGCGGGAGGCGGGCGGCACCACCGGCAUGGUGGUGGGCAUCGUGGCGGCCGCCGCGCUCUGCAUCCUCAUCCUCCUCUACGCCAUGUACAAGUACCGCAACCGCGACGAGGGCUCCUACCAGGUGGACCAGAGCCGCCACUACAUCGGGGCCGCCCCCGCCGCGCCCGGGGGGGGCCCGGGAGGGGCUCCCGGUGCCGCGUCCCCGACCCCGCCCGCCGGGACCCCCAAGGAGAAGGCGGCGGCCGCGCCCCCCAAAGCGCCGGGCAAAGCGCGGCGCAACAAGGACAAGGAGUAUUACGUGUGAGGGGGGGUCUCCACGCGUGUCCCCCUGACCCCCCCCACCCCGC